AUGGGCAUCAGGCGGUCCUUAUGGAUGAGCAUCAGCAGCUAUCUGGAAGGACGUACACAGAAGAUUUAUCUGACAUUCAUUCGCCCCUCACUGGAGUAUGCCAGCCCUGUGUGGGGAGGGCUACCGAAGUACCUCUCCGACAUGUUGGAAAAAGUUCAGAAGCGAUGUCUGAGACUGAUCGGAAUUCCUGCGGACUCUUUGCCUUCACUGUCCAGUAGACGUGACCUUGCUACGCUCAGUACUUUGCGCAACACACUCCAGGACAGUAGUUCUCCUCUGAACGAGUUCAUUGCCCCACCUCAGAACAAUUGCUAUAACCUCCGUCUCGAAGGGCGCUAUCGGGCACUGACAAAGAGUAAGACCAAGAGACAUGAACUCUCAUUUGUUCCUAGAGCAAUGAAAUUGCUCUAUCAAGAUGGUGACUCUGUGGCGAUAGGUCACUAG